UCCUCAGUACGCUCCCCGACUACUGCCGAUUGGGUCAGGAGAUAUGGAUGGCGAGAGUGCCACUUAUUUGUUUUGACGUGGUUGAGUGGCAUCUCCCCCAUCGUGUCCUCCGACAGUUUGGUCGGGUCCAGUCCGUGCCAGAUCGGUUCGACACUGAGUGGCAAUUGCACGUCACUGAUAGGCGUGGCCGAGCUGGUACUGACUGGAAUCUGUUUUAUAUGCCAUAUAUAUAGUUGUGGCAUACCCGUCGGGACAGUAUUGUACAAGCUGACUACAACAAUGAGGUGAUCCCCUCUUCCGACCCUUAUAUGUUGUGGUAUCGGCAACAUACACACCUACUAGUCGGGAAUCCGAGCCACGUGUCUGAGUUUGGAUAUCAGGGAGUUGGGCCUUAUCUUGAGGCAUUGGUGGCUGGAGCUGGGAGGUCGUAUCAUUUGGCUAAGGACGCCCAUUUCAGACGUAAUGGACAGCAUGCCUUGCAGGCCGUUACAGAGAUCCGAGAGUUAUUGUACCAGGCAUUCCAGGUUGCCCAUCGGGGAGAUCGUCUGCAUUACGGCCACUACGGUGUACACAGUUCAGCAGCUGCUCCAGACACAUCAGCGUCGUCCACGUCAACGCCUACCACAUCAGCCCCUUCGACUUCAGUCACCCCACCAAAUACUACCCCAUACAUAUCUGGCAUACCUUAUGUGCUUGACCCUGAUUGGACACCACCCCGAUACAUGCAUGAUAUUAUUACCCCAUCCACCUAGUUACCACCACCAGACAGUUCGACCGCGACCAUGAGU